GACCGGCAAAACAGGGGUGCUCUGUUUCUUGUAUAUUCUCUCUCUUUCGCUCUCUCAGUCUUUUACUCAUUAGUCUUUCUGUCUCCCAGACAUUUACCCAUUACGAAAAGAUUCCAUAUAGAGUCCGACCUCCACUAACCAGCUCAAAAAAUCGGCGGACAGCAAAAUUCCGACUCGGAAAUGGCGCCACCACAGUCCUUUUCACUCCCACUGCUCCUCUUUGCCAGAAUAUCAGCUCUCACAGUUGCAGCUCUACUCCUCUACUGGGCUCUGGUUUUUAACUCUCACCACUCCUCUCAACAUUCCCGCAUUUAUGCGUGUUUGCAGGCACGGCGGCAUAUGCUCCUGAUGGUGAUCGGUCUCAUUCUUGUUAGUGGGGAAGCAAUUUUGGUACACAGAUGGCUGCCCUGUUCCAGGAACGGAAAGAAAUUGGCGCAUUUGGGUCUCCAAGGAGUGGCUUUGAGCUGUGGGGUAUUUGGGGUUUGGACAAAGUUCCAUGCCCGAAAGGGUAUCGCGGGCAACUUCUUGAGCCUGCAUUAUUGGAUGGGAAUGAUUUGCGUUUCCUUGUUUGCUGCUCAGGUAUUAAUUCCUUCACCCCACUCUCUCUAUCUAUGCAACUGCAGUCUGCUAGUACUGUCUGUGCUAGAUUCUAGAAGUGAGGGCCUUUGUGGUCAUAACGAUUAUUAUAAUCUUGGGGAACAUUCAGGUUAUAUUAGAAGAGUCAAACCUUACGAGGUAAGUUACUAAGUUAAGAGGUUAUGUUGAUGCCUAGUGACUUUGCUGCUACUGUAACUUCUUUUAUAAUUGCCAUGGCGUCUAAAUGCUGCACUACGGAUUUAAUUUGAAUGUAGUCUAAUCUAUCUCAGCCGUUAAUUGUAUGUGAUAGUUUUAGUAUUUGACUAUUUUCGUAAACAACAGUACAACACCACCCUGUAUAUUCAAUGACCAAAAUCAUCAGUGUUGAGGCCAUUUCCUCAGCGCGUUAGCGAAUUCCUCCUAGGCACACUACUAUGGUGAAUUUUUUUCACCUUAAUCAAGUUCUACGUAACGUUGAUACUCCAGAAGGCGAACUCAUCAAUGUUCUGAUCGUAUCUCUCUCAAUGCAUACGUGCAGCAGUGGUUGCCGGGGUUCGUGAGCUUUUGUUACCAAUGCGAGAUGUGAACUGUGCGGGCGAGCAGAUUACCAUGUCACAUCUUCCUUGGUCUCUACAUUUACGCCCUUGCAGUUGCAACGGCGGAGACAGGGUUGCUGGAGAAGCUCACUUUCUUGGAAAUGAGAAGGCACAGUCACAGUACUGCCUCCAAACGCUCUCCAGAAACAGUGGUUGCUAAUGGAUUAGGGCUGGGGUUGGCUUUGCUCGGUGGAGUUGUUAUAUUGGCAGCAAUUUCUCCAAAGCACCAAACUACCCUGCAACUUAGAAGUUUGUACUCUGUGUCAAACUCCAAGUGCUAAUUCGUCUUCUUUGGAAACCAAGUUGAGUUUACAGUUUGUAGUGUAACUUUCUAUUUGUUUCCUGUUGUAUUAGAAUCCCAUGUCUGUGGAUAGUCACAACUACCAAUUGCUCUGAUCAUUCAAUUAGGCAUUUGGUAAUCAUAAUUAAGUAAUGAGCACGAGCAAUUAAGCUAUCAGUAACAAAACAAAAACAAAAGUACAAGAUUUUUACUAUUGUAUCUCAUAUGAAUUUGCUAUUACACCACUAUAAUAUCUGGUUAUCCCACAUAAUGAAUUCAUUUGGUGACCAACUGUCAUCGAGAUCAGGAUAAGGCUUGGAUACUGAAAUGCUACCAUCUCCACAGUCAAACCGAUAAAGGUAUUUCUCUUUCGGUUGGAAGAAGUAAACGGAAUUUCUCUUCAAGCCUGAUUUGCUAGCAUGACAUGGAUAACAACCCCAAGUAUUGCUCCAUAGAAAUGCUAGAUCACCCAAAUCGUCGAUCCUUAUCCAUCGCAUCAUCUCCAUGUCCAUCUUAUACACUUGCAUAUCAAUAACAACACGUAGCCUUGGGGUCUCGUAACCAAGAGCGUCAUACCGGACAAAAAGUAAGAUUUCACCCCUACAUUCCACCAACGAUAUCACCAUCGUACCUGCUCCUUUUGGAAAGUCUGGAUAAUCAAGUUCUGGUAGAACUCUUGUUAUGUACGUUUCUGGUUGUAGUUCGACUGAAACGAGUUCUGAUUUCAUUACUAGAUAUCCAUAAAUCUUACCUAGGUUGAGAACAGCUACUGCGUUGAACUCAACUCCUUGCUCACUUGGUGUUGUAAGAAUUGUCCAUUCACUAUCACCAUCUCGCCAAAGCAUUGCAAGAGCAUCAUUCUUUGCCUCUAAGUUUGAUUCAGUGCCUUCUAUUUCCCGAUCACUCUUAGCUACACCAAAAACCAUUACGACAAAUUUGGAUUCACCAGGAGGUAAAUGAAGCACAACAAAUAAGCAAUCGAAACGUCUUUCCCAAGUUGGCGAUGUCGUUUCAACCAUGGAUACCGGAUCCAAUAAAGAACAUGAACGAGCCUCGUGAUCCAUCAAAACAAGAAGACCAUGAGCACUGCUAUACACUUUCUUUCCUCUCAUUCUUGCUUCCAAUCCUAUGAUUCUUGAA